CUUGACGACCGCCAAUAUCCCAUCAAGCGGCCUUCAACACUGCCCCCUUCGAUCGCAGACGGUUCUAUUCAGUCGCUCAGCCUUGUGCCCGUCACCAGCAGGACUAUGCCCCCAACAGCCCCUAUCCCGGGAAAGUUUGAGGAGGACCCCCGCGUCCACUUUGAUAAAACAUCCGGAAAAUGGCAAUACGAGGACGAGCAGACCGGCAGCGAGUAUGAGUGGUCCGGCCAGGCUUGGUUACCAAUCCUUGAUCAGAGCCUAAUCGAAGCACAACAAGCAGCGUAUUCUGUCCAAGGCGUUGACGAGAAUGUUCCUGCGGCCCCUGCCCUCGCCAGGGAGGAGCGCAUUCAAAAGCGGAAGCAAGGCCAAAAGGUCGCGAAGGCCGACGCCCGUACUGGCAAGUCAGGUCAAGGUCCGUCUGCACCAAAGCGAACAGCCGUCUGGGUCAGCAACCUUCCACCCAAUACGACUCCCGAGCUUCUCGCCAGUGUCUUCUCCAAAGCUGGUGUCCUGCUGGUUGGUGAUGAUGGCAAGCCAAGGGUCAAGCUUUAUUACGACGACGACGGCAAGUUCAAAGGGGAAGCUCUGGUCAUGUACUUCAAGGAAGGCAGUGUCGACCUUGCCAUUACACUCUUGGACGACACCGAGUUGGAACUGGGUGCUGGCUAUGGCAACCUCCGCGUCCGCGAAGCAGAGUACGACAAAUCCAAGAGCAAUGAAUCCAAGAAGGAGGGGGGGCAGCUCCAGGAGAAGCGCAAGUUGACAGCCGAAGACAAGCACCGGAUGUCAAAGCGGAUGCGUUCUCUUGAAAACAAGCUCGCAUGGCACUCAGACUCGGCCUCUGAGGACGAAAAUGAGGAAACGAGCAACAAUCAACCUAUUCCGUCUCGAUUCAGCCGCAUCGUGGUGCUCAAAGGCAUGUUCAAGCUCGAAGACCUGGAAAAGGAACCAGAACUUCUGCUGGAGCUGAAGGAGGAUGUCCGAGAUGAAGCCGAGUCAUUGGGGACUGUGACGAACGUUGUUCUCUACGACAAAGAAGCGGACGGCGUUAUGACCAUCAAGUUUAAGGAUGGCACAGCCGCCCAAGCCUGCGUGCUAAAGAUGGAUGGCCGUUUCUUCGAUGGACGGAGGAUAUCAGCAUCUCUCUACAGUGGAAGGGAGAGGUAUCAGAAGUCUGGGGGAGGUCAAGCCUCAGCUGAAGACGAGGAGGCCGAUGAGCAAAACAGGUUGGACAAGUUUGCAGACUGGCUGGCCGAUGGGGAUGACACAUAGCGCUCUGUACCCGAUGCAUAGAUGAGCAGACUACUUGUCCGAGGAGAGGAUCUCCUCCACGCGCUUCACUUUGCCCUCGUUACCGCCGGCAACAAUCGCCCUGUCAGUCCUGGUGCCAAUGCGGAUGUCCGUCUGUCCUGCUCAGCGCGGGCUGCUGUCAGUGUACCCACCGCAAUGCGAGGCGUUCCAAGUCGGUGAACUGCCUUAUGGCACUCUCCGAUGACCUUGCAUUUCAGGGCUCUUGCCAGCGUAUGGGUCACGCACCUCCAUCACCUUGUCCCAAGGGCCUUCAAGGUUCGUUCCGUAUCCACUAUUGGCGUUAGGUCCGCUCUUCUCCAGGACUCGCUGACACUCAGCAAUCUGGGGUCCAACCGACGGGGUUGGAAGUCCCAUGGGGAUCAGGCAAACUGUCUGCGACGGCGUACAGUGUACCAUCUGUAACCGCGUUCUGAGGGGCCGAGGUCGUGUUGGACAUGGUGUGCUGGAG